AAACAGAUCCCAAUUAAUUUAAGGACCAAAAUACCCUUAAAAUGGUUUAGAACGCAGACGCUCUUCUGUCUUCUACGCCCCCUGUAUUCCCAAGAUUCCAUUUUUCCCUCUCUCCAGUCUCCGUCUCCUCAAACUUGUUUUCGGAAGCCAUAGAAACUUUCUUCUUCGUCUUCUUUGAACUCCCAGAAUAGGGUUUCAGGAACACCCUUUGAUCCGACUCCAAUAAAUGUUUCUUGAAACCAAAGAACAGCUCGAUUCGAUUGUUCGCGAUGGAAUUAUAUUUCAUCCACUCACCAUAUCUGUUGCUGAAAUCUUUAAGCUCUGGCUGGCAAGCAAACUUGGGAGUGAGAAAUUAUGACAUUGGCGUGUGGAAUUUCAGAAAUUCCACCCGCCCAUGUCAUAAUUUCUCACUCCCAAGUUUGCUCGUUGUUACUGAUACUUAGAUUUAACUGGCUUACUGCCGCCGACUAUGGUGGUUGAUGGGAGAUACGAUUCAAUUUGGUGAAUCUUUGACAUGGAAUCCUUUGGAAGUCGUUGGGCUGUUGUAUGGAGAAGAUAGGGGAUCCUCCACCCUCCACGUUUCUAGUGAAUGAAAACAAGUGGGCUGUUGUAUGGCAUAUACCGUAACUAAAUGAAAUUCUUGGUGCUCGCGGUUAACGGGAUAAGACUUAUUGGAAUUUGGAGCAGAUCCAUAAUCCACCAAGGAUCUGAUGGCAGAGGCACUAGAUUUUGUGCUGAGUUAUUUUAUCGUGGGAUCUAUGUUGUUGACGGGUUGCUGGUCAAUUACGCAGCGCAGUAUGCAAUCUUAUCUUGCGGAUUAAUGCCGAAGCUUCAUUUAUGCCGAAUCAGAAUUCAAUUGGACUAGUUGAAUUACACUGCAAACAUCUGUAACAGAGGUCAACGGAUGUUCCUGAUCCGAUGAAUGUGAGAAAAUAUCUCGAGGGGCAGUGACAAUUGGCCUUUGACAUCACCUAUUAUCAGAAGAAAUGAUAAGAUGUAUGAAAAACAUGGUCAUCCAUCUAGCAGAUUCUGCUGUGUCAUAUGAAUCAUCAACGAUUAAUAUCCAAAGCUCACCUGCCUACCCUGAGGACAUCUGUCCAACUCAUCAUCGUGGUUAUCAUCUGAACAGUCAAUUAUUUCGUCACUAGUGCUACAAAUUCGACAAACUGAUUUUUCCUGCAGCUCCAUAAUAGGCCUGUGACUUUAGUGUAUAUGAAAAACUAAGUUGGGCCGAGAUUGGAAAUUAUUCACAAUCACAAGCAUGCUGAAGUUUCUUGGAUAUCGGUUGGUUAGAGGAAAUUAGACUCUGCGCAAGGAGUUGAGGAAGUUCCAGUAGGGUUUAUGAGAACCACUUUGUCCUUGAUUUUUCUUCCAUGUUUGUUGGAAUCUCUCUUCUUUUUUGCCAUAUCUGCAAAAUUUUACUGAGAUCUAGAGCUGGCAUGUUAUUGCGCUAAUUUAUUUGUAUUGUGAACAGCACUCUUGUCAAGCAACUUGCAAAAGUGUAUCCCAUUCAUUUAAACAAUGAUGAAAGGUUAGGCUUCUGGAUUAACUUAUAUAAUGCACCGAUCAUGCAUGCUCACCUGGCUUAUGGAGUUCCGAAAAGUGAAUUGAAAAUUUUCUCUUUGGUGCACAAGAACUGGCCAGUUGCAACCUUCUUGGGACUGUUUAACUAACAUGCCCUCUUCAUACUGGACUGGAUCAGAGAUGAGUUUGUGACAUAAAAGCAGAAACUGAGCAGUAGACUCUGAUUUCCUAAACAAAUCAGCCACUUGAUCUUGACUUCAAAUGUGAUUCUCAACGAGGAUCUUUCCUUUAUUCAUUUCCCAUAAUUAAACAAACCCACCAUCUCUCUCUUCCUUUUAUCCACUUCCCAUCUCUUAUUUGCCUUUAAUCUCUCCUUUCUCUUCAUGCUUCAAAACGGUUUGUUCAAGAAUCUGCAGUUAUCUAGCUGGGUUUCUUCUGGUUUUCUUGAUCCUGACCUGACAUGGAGCUGUAGUUUUGGGCUUGAGUAGAUGUAAAGUAUAGCUUCUGUUCUGAUUUCUACCUCAGCACUCAAAUUAUGAAACCAUUUGAUCUUGACCUUGAAAAGGAGGCUUCUUCGGCAAAUGAUUGUGACAUUACAAGUAGCCAAGUUGCUUCCAGCAUUUCUCUCCAUGAAAAUUCCAAUGAUAAUAGCCUCAUAACUAACAACUCCUUUCUUCCUGACCCCAUUGCUGCUCAACCAGGAUUUGAGUCCGUUUGCCUCGACUUGACUCUCAACUUUAAUAUCGAAGAUCUCGGGACACAGGAUUCGACAGGGUUCUCAUUGUCAAGCACAAGUGAGAGUAGUAAUGAGCCAGCAUCCCACACCACAGCAGCUGCUGUCCCAAGAGUGUUUUCUUGCAACUACUGUCAGCGCAAGUUCUUUAGUUCACAAGCUCUUGGCGGCCACCAGAACGCGCAUAAGCGAGAACGAACUUUGGCAAAACGGGCAAUGCGGAUGGGGAUUCUAGCUGAAAGAUAUGCAAGUUUAGCAUCUCUGCCAUUGAAAGGCUCAUCAUUCAGGUCCUUGGGGAUCAAAGCACACUCUUCACUUCUCCAUGGAUUCACUGCACCAAUGAAGCCUGCUGAAAUUAGGAGCACUGCUAGAUUUGAACCGGGAUAUAUAGGCAUGCCAAUUUUCAUGGAGGACGAUGAUGCAGAGCUUCUAUGGCCGGGUAGUUUUCGUCCCACGGCAGAAACUGGAAAUGCUCGUGAAUUAACUCAACCAAGUUUCGUAGUGACUGGUGUUAGAAGCAUAAGAUCAGCAGAUAAGACUCCAUCGGAGGAUAUAGAAAACGAAAAUGAAGACGAAGAUUCGAUACUUGAUCUCACACUGAAACUCUAAAGAGGCUUGAAUUGAUUCAGAUAUGGAGGGGUUAACACUUUGCUUCAACUUAGCUUUCCCUUUUUUAAGUAGUUGUUUAUCAGUCUUUGCUGUGGGCUUUCUAUCAGUAUUAAGAGCUCCUUUAGAAGCAUUUUGUGCCAUUAGCAUGCUCUUAUGUUAUAUAGUAAUGCAACUGCUGUAUGAUUUAACCAAUAUUUUGAUUUCAUCGCCUUAUUUGACA